AAAAGAAUUUUUGAUUUUGUCCGCUAGGUGGCGCGCGUUUUCUGAGACUGUCGCAGAAAAAAAGCAGCAGAAAACACAAAACAAAACACGCCCAAAUUCCAAGGUGUAUUACUGUGUUUUCUAACCACAAGGAUAUUAUUCGUAGUGACUCAGAAAAACCAAAAAUGGCAGGCUGUUGUAAUACCAUAGCAAGAGGAUUGCUGAUUUUGUUCAACAUCAUCUUUUGGCUUUCUGGUGCAGCUCUUUUGGGUGUUGGAAUCUGGUUCAAAGUCGACAAAAACAUCAAUUCUUACUUCGAUGUGGUCGAUGUGGACACACAGGACCCAUACUUUGAUUACGCCGUGUAUGUCCUGAUAGGGUUUGGCGCCUUCGUUUUCCUCGUAGGUUUCUGUGGGUGCUGUGGUGCCAUCAGGGAGAGCAAAUGUUUGCUUGGAUUUUAUGUCUUCUUCUUGAUGCUCAUCAUUGGUGGAGAAAUUGCAGCUGCCGUCUUGGGAUACAUUUAUAAAGAUAAGGUGGAGACCGAGGUGAAUGACCUUCUAAAGCAGACCAUGAACAUGUAUAAAGUGAAGAAGAACAUGAGAAAUGCCUGGGACUUCGUGCAGAUUGAGCUGAACUGUUGUGGGGCGGAGUCUCCUGACACCUGGAAAAACUUGAGCAUCCCAUAUAAUGGCGAGGAUGUGCCAUUUCCUUCAACGUGCUGUGUAUUGAAAGACAAAGAGAAAGCCAUUGAUGAUCUGGAAAGUGCAUUGCCAAUGAAUUCAACUGCAUGUUUUGGCAAAGAGGAUGGUUAUUUUCAUUCAAAGGGGUGUGUUGAUGGAUUGAAAGACCUAAUAGCCAAAUACAACUGGAUUAUAUUUGGAGUUGCUAUUGGAAUUGCAGCUCUUGAGGUCGUAGGCAUUAUAUUUGCCAUCUGUGUUUGUCGGGAAAUCAAUAAAGACUAGUGCUGGAUGGGUAUCAAGUUUUUCACCAAACCAAUAUGCUAUUAGUAUCACCAAAAACCUUUACAUGUAAUUAUAAUUAUACAAUAAGCUUUAAAAGAAGAAAUGAAGAUCUUAUCAAUGUAAUAUGAACUCCUGAAAUAUUUUCUAAUUUAGCAGCCAGAGUGGCUGUUUGUGAUAAUGUGACAGGAUUUGUUAUUGUGUAAGCUUUAAGUAUCCUGAUGAAAAAUCUGUAUCACUCUUGUGUGAUGGGUGUAUAUGGAAGUAGAAGACCAUUCCAAGUUUUAAAUUCUAUGUAUUCUGGUUUUGGUCCACUAUUGGGAUUGAGUCAUCAUUUCAUGAAAGUUAACACCUUCUUGUUUGUACACCAUUCUGCUAUAUGUUUUACUAGAACUGUGUACAGUCUUAUUGGUUUCUUUAAUUUUCACUAAUUUUGCCAGAGUAAGGUCACACUAUGAAAUUCAUAUUAUUGUGAAAAUAACCCACUCAUGGUAUUAAUAUAGAAUGGACAUAAAAUCCCAUGAAAAGAAAUUUUUAAAAUAACCAGAAAGGAAAAGAGUCAGAUUUGAAAAUGUGUUGAAAAUCAUUUUUGAUACACAAGUCAAAACCUCUCAUUAUUUCCAUUACAUAAUAUCCGUUUAUCGAUGAAUUCAAAGGAAGGAAAACAUGGAAUGGUCUGAACUUUUCCCAGGGUGAAAUAUUACUUGUAGUUAUUGGUGUUUUUUUUCUGUUUUGCUAGUGACUUUGAAAUCCUGUAAUGAAGAAAUUGUAAUAAUUUUCGGGGCAGUUUGCAUCUUUGCUUUGUCAUUUUUACACCUUCAUGUGAAGAUAGAUGUUCACACUGAUUUGAAAAUCAUUCCAAAUGUACAUGUCAUAUUUUUAGAAGACAUAUGGUGUCAAUAAGUGGGUAAUAUCAGUAGUAGACAUUAGUGCCUUUAGAUAAGUGUUUCCUAGUUCUCAUUCCCUCGGCAUAUAUUUUAGUACUAAUUGAAAAGAAAUAUUUUCUACAAUGGGAUUUAUUUUUCUGUUGUUUAAUUAAUUAAAAAUUCAAAUAAUUUUGGAAAAUCACUGAUAUGACUUGUAUAUUUAUAUGUGUGUAACAAGAUUUAUUUGACUGAUCAAAAUGAUAUUUGGUGUUGAUAGUACAUACAUACUGUACUUGUAAUUGAUUGUGAAAUUUUUUUUUAAUCAAUCAUCAUUAUCAGUGGAUUGAUUUUAAUUAGAAUUCAUCAUCAUUUCAUCACGAGGUAUUGUAUUUUCAAUUAUGUAUCUUGUGCUUUGAGUAAGCCUGAACAGCCUCGCUAUAUUGUUAUUAUUUGAUAUAUAAUCGUUGUUAAAAUGUUUGUUAUCAAAUGUUUGAUGCAAAACUAGGUUGUUGAAAAAUUUGUAGUUUAUAUGAAUAUUAAAACACGCAGUAUUUUAUUAUAUAAUCUAUAUUUUAAAUUUUGAUAUUUCAAAUUAUUAUUGAGAGAAAAAGAGUGUAUUGAAGAGAGAAAAAGGCCAAUCAAAAUAAAUUCUGUUUCUCAUAAUCUGCUCCUCUAGGAUAUUGGAGUCUAUAAGAAAAUAAAUGAAUAAAACCUACAUAACCAUUAAAAAAUUAUACAUGUACUUGAAUAUUUUUAGGUUUGACAGUUUUGAAGAUGAGAAUUUAAAAGUAUGGAUUAGUAAAGAUAGAAUCUCGACAAGUCUUUUUUAUUGUCAUCGCAUCCUUUGUGGACUUGAUUGUUGGAUGCAAGUUAAAAAGAUAAUUUCUCUGUGAAGCAUUUUCAAAAUUUUUCACUCACUUUGGCAUAGCUUUAGAAAAAUGUACCCAGCUGAUGUAGAAUUUCUUUUGGUCGGCCUAAUACAUGCUUAAGUGCAGUGGACUCCUCUUGCAACGAGAUCAACUUGAUCCUGGCAAAAAUUCUGUAUCAGUAUUUUGUUUUUACAUAAUGUAAAGGGCAUGUUGUAUUGUUUUGUUUAUAUCUCGCUAUCAAAAUGUAAAAUUACCUUAAUAUACCUGUGUAUCUUCUGCAAGUUAUCAUUUCUAAGUGUAAAUUUUACCAGUCAGUUGUAGAAAAAAAGGUAAAAAUCAUUGUACACUUAUGGCGGGGAAGUACAUGUAUUUAUAUCAAAUGUUUUUCUUGACCUAAAUCCAACACCAAUGUGAAACUUCUACUCUGUAUUUUUAGAAAUUUUAUAAUACCGUGUCAAAAGUGCUUAAAAUGAUAUCAAAAAAUUCACUUACAGAUUUGACUUCUAGAUACAUGUAAAUUAGUUAUGCUUUAUAUGAAUUCACAAUGGAUCUCGUUGUAAAUGGAGUGAAGUAUACUUAUCUGUUGACAAUAAAUAUAAAACUUUUUUUUCCCUAUGAUAUUCAGUAUUUAUUGAUUUUGUACCAAUGUUCCGACUUAUAGUUUACACAUGUUUGAAGAUAUUGUAUAUCAAAUUUUGGCUUUAUAAUUUUAUACAUAUAUUUAAAAGUUUAGUAAGUUUAAAAAAAAUAAUUUGUUUUGAAAUUGUUCAUCAAUAUCAUCCAGCAUUUUAUUAUGUGAUGAUUUAGACACUGUUAGUUUGUUUUUGUAUCUAGGAUGACUGGAUCCCUAACAAGUACAUGUAUUAGAAUACAGUGUAAGCUUCACUGGCAUGCACUGCACAGGGUACCAUAUGACAAGGUUACAUGAAUUUGCUAGAAGUAUAGAUUUGAUGAGAACCUCUUGAUAGUGAAUCUCUGUGGUCAUGUCUUUGUGUUCACACUUCUGCUCUGCUACAUGUAUCAAUAUUUGUAAGCUCCCUAUAUACUGUUCUUAGUGCUGUCCCAAAACUAUUUUGCAAUGAUCCUCUAUCUAGUUCGAGCAUCAGUUUACUCUGGUUUUAAAGAAAGAUUGUACAGGUUAGGUUAACAAGGGCAAUUAUUUCCGAGACAAGUGAUAUACAUGUAUAUUGAUCUUUCAGGAACUGAACAAAGAAAGCUAAGGUUGAAAAAGGACUAGUCAUUAUCUUAAUAUAAACAAUAUGAAAAUUGUCUUUCAAGAAAUUCCAUUCUACAUACAAUAUGAAUACCUACCUCUUACUUAGGCUGGGAAAAUAUGCCCCCUUUUUAAACACGUAACUUUAUUUUUACAAAGAGAAAAGCCGGGUAUAUUUUGAAAAAAACUAGUCCAAGUUAUAGUAUGUAUUGGGUUGAAGUUAAGACCUCUGUGUGUCUUUGAAGAACCAAGGUUCGUUUGCAUUCUGUAAUGAAAUGUUAUUGGUUUGGAGAUAUGCUGUAGAUAUUAGCUCUAGGUGUUGAUUCUUUGUGUUUUGUAUGCUAAGCCUUGCAUAUGUUCUCGUAAAUUUUUGUCCCUUUUCGAUUUAAUUUGGAUGCCUUGCACAUCUUUUGAAGACAGUGUAUUGUCUGACCAUAUCUUGAGAGCUUGACAGUCCAUGACUAGCAGAUUUUUAUGUCACCUACAAAACUUUCCUUCCUGAGUGUCGCCAAAUGCAUUUAAAGAUAUUUAAUUUCCCUGCCAGAUGAAACAACAGGGUAUGCCAUUGCUUUUGAGGUGUCAUUUAGGUAUUCCUUAACCCUCUGUCUGUAUCACAGUCUAGAACUUUGUAACUGUUGGAGCUUGGGCUUCAGUAUUUUGUAUAUGCAUUCUGUAUGAGAGGUUAGACAUGUUUAUUGGAACACCCUAGUGGCGAGAAAAGGUUAUAUGUCGGGGUGAUUUCUACUGUGCAUACAAUAUGAGAACCCCUGAACUGGUUGUAAUCAGACUUCAUAGGCAGGUUAAUCAUGGAUGAUAGGUAACCCCUGUAGAUUUCACAGAUUAAAAUGCUGAAGUUGACCACAUAUUCGCUUCAAUUUUAUUUUGGGAGAUAUACCCUAUAAAAUUAGUAAAGUCUGUUGAAUGGACAUGAUCAAGAAAAAAACCGAGUUGUUUAACCCCCCCCCCAUCCCCGCCAUGAACAUGAUUAUAUAAACCAUAAAAAUUUUAAACCCUUGAAAAUAAAUGAUUCUGCACAGUCGGUAUAGGUGUUUAAUUUUGGGUGUAUUUUUAUGUAUUGUUCCAAUCGUGAGAUACCAGUAGAUCGUACAUAAUGCACCAUGUAACUGUCACUGCAUGGAAUUCAUACCAUAACUGAAACUGUUUGAUUUACAGGGAUAUCCUAAUUGUUGCUACCUUUGGCAUGCAGUGUAGUGUUUUACUUGGUCAGGGCGCACCUUAAUGUUUUGGGGCCUUAUUGUAAUGUCGGUAUUCUUUGAAGAGGUAACUCCAUGAUUAAUCUCGGCUGAGAUUCGGCUUGGCAGAAUAUUUGAACUUUCUCCUUCAACGGUGAAGGCGUCAGUCAAAAUAUUCAGCCGAGCCGAAUCUCAACCGAGAUUAAUCCAUGAUAUGUAUUGAUCACUUUUAAGGUUUUCCAUUAUCAGAAAAAUGACAACUGCUAAAUAAGUUCCAAAGUACAUAUUGAUACAUGGUCUGUUACUAAGGGAGCACUGAUCAACGGAUAGGCAGCGGCAGGACAACUUGUAUUGUUUCUGAGAGUGAGUGCUGGAGGCUCUGUGUUCAUAAACUGAGAAUAGCUCAACUUUGAGUCAAAUUUUUUAAUUAUUCAUAUCAGUAUAGUAUCGAAAUAGACAGUCAGUAAAAUUCAUGUUGAGAUUAGAUUCUAUUAUUCAAAUUUGUAAUUCUAACAAGCCAAGGGUAAAUACAAAAUCUCAUAUAUUCUCAGAACCUGUUCUAUGCAUGGGCUGAUAGUGUACCAUAUGUACUGAAUGUAUGCAAGAUGACUAUAGGAUGCAUUCAUGACAGUUUAGUUGUAUUUAUUGUUUUGGUAUUACCGGAACCCAAUUUCUAGAAAUUUAAAUUUGUUACAUUGUAGCAGUGCUAUAUAGGUUUUAUUUACUAUUCUGUUAAGAGGGAUACCUUUUUCUUAAUUUGACUUGGCCUUAGAGAGCUUGUUCAAAUGUAGAGGUGAACUGAUAGAAUGACACUAAAGCAUUCUUUCUGUGUGUUCCAUGUCUAAUGUGAACUCUUCUUAUACCAAUGGAUGUUGUCAGAUAUUGGGAGCAUACUACAUAAUGUACAUUCAAAUAUGUUUCAGUUAUUGAUGGUAUAGAGAAACCUCGUCUCUUAUACCGUUGGAUAUUGUCAGAUAUUGGGAGUGUUGUGGGUGGGUUUUUUUCAAUGCAUAAUACAUGUACAUUAAUUUAAAAUGUAUUGAUGGUAUAAAGAAAACUUAUAUCUAACUGUUGUAUUCUGAUAUUCAAUAAAGAUUUACAGAGAGUUA